AUGAGCACAAGGCGGACCAAGAACACAAAGAGCUUCAAAGGCUGCUUUACCUGUCGACGGCGAAAGGUAGCGUGCGAUUUAGGGAGGCCGGCCUGUGCCAAGUGCCAGAAGAGCGGGUUUGUCUGCGAUGGCUACGACGUCAAGCUCAGAUGGAGCUCCUUUGUCAAAUUCGAUAAGUACGGCAACCAGCUGCCCAACGAGACCAGCCAGGAGGUUGAGUACUACCAGCGACGGUCAAUUCCGUACGUCAGGUAUCCCCCGAGCCAGCGAUAUACGAUGUACUCGCAGCUGGACGAGGCCCUGGCGUCGCUGGCCAAGCACGAGAUCGCAGACGACGAGGACGGAUCGCGGCAGCAGGGCCCGUUCGGGGUGUUCCGCGGGGUGUUCAGGGCCCAGCAGCCACCGGCAAAACGAGCGAAGCUGGCCAAAGACGACACCGCGCGCGCGGGAGCCACCGGCAACGGAAAUCUGGGUAACGAGUGGCUGAGUACGGAGUUGCUGGACGCUGCGCUCCUGACGGCGUCUGCGCUCAAUGGAGACACGCAUUUUCUCGACAUGUUCAAGAGCGACACGCUCGAGCCGAUCGGCGAGAUCGACGACACCGUCCAGCCUGCCGAGACGGUCUCUAACCAGAUGUUGCACAUGUUGUUCCAGGGCCGCAAUAGCACGAGCGACGUGAACCCGCACAGCAGCCGCGAAAACAGCCAUUACCACGCCGACUCUUCGUCCAACCUGAUCAACAUCCACGCCGGCAAGGGCGCGAAAAUGCCCAAGACCAUCAUGGAGAUCAUCGAAACCGCUCCGCUGCCCGCCAAUAUUGCUGUAGACAAGUUUGGCAUUCCCAACACCUCUCUGACCGUCCAUCCCAUGACACGCUACUUGCUGAACUACUACAUUGAGAAUCUGGCCGACAUGAUGACGGUGAUCCCGCUACCGAAAAACCCCUGGAAGUUUAUAUAUUUUCCGCGUGCACUGAUGGCCGUUGGCGAGCUGGCGUCGAUGGGCCGCACGUCGAACGCGCGCAACUGCCUGUUGAACGCGCUGCUGGCGGUGAGCGCGUUCAAUCUGCAGAGCAAGUUCACGCGCGGGUCCGACGAGAUGAAGUACUACGUGGAUCUGGGGAUCCAGCUGCGGCAGCAGGCCACCAACUUCCUCAACAAGUGUCUGGAGGAGGACGUGCUGAAACAGAAGUACAAGGACGUGCUGGUGGCGGUGCUGUCGAUGGUGACGAUCGACGUCGUUUGGGGGACGAUGUCCGGUUGCAAGAUCCAUCUGGACCACUGCGAGAAGAUUAUCGAGAAAAAAAUGAAGGUGAAGAAGAAGCUGAGCACCAAGGCGGUGAUUCUGCACCGAAUCUUCAGCUCGCUCAAGCUCAUCCAGGACUCGACGUCGCUCGAGAACAUCGCGAAGCAGGAGAUCUUUCUCAACGAAAACAACUACUCGUCGUUCAUCAUCGGCAGUCCGGCUUCCACAGAGGAAGUUCAACGGUUCAAUAGCAAUAACGUGAUAGGAAUCAAAAAACGGCGCCACAAGCGCGACGCCGCGGUGCCUGCGACGAGCGAAGAGGCUACAGACACCAAGUCGAAGGGGGUGUACAACGAGAAAAUCACAGAUAACGGAAAAGUGCGCAUCGAGUACAUCGUCAACCAGGUGGAGUCUGUGGAGCAGGAGGAGGGCGGGUCGCCCAAGUCGGAGGUGCCGGCGUUCAUCGACAUCACGCGGACGAGUUUCCAGCCGUCCAAGAACAAGCUGGAGGACAAGAUGAUCUCGUCGGACGCGAUCUACGGGCUGCCGAACUCGCUAAUUCUGAUUUUCAGCGAGGUGGUGCACUUGAUCCGGUUCAAGAAAUUCCACAAGGACCAGGGCCUCGAGCUGCCGCUUUUUUUCGACGAGCUGUCGGACCAGCUCGAGUACAAGCUGCUGAGCUGGCAGCUGGAGUGGACGCUGACGCAGGACGACGACUGCACGGCGUACAUCUCGCCGCGCCACGAGGGCAUCUACCACCACGUGAUGUCGUUCUACCACGGACUCGUGAUUUAUUUCUACCGGUUCGUGGAGGACGUCAACCCGAUGUACCUGCAGGAGCGCGUAGAGAAGGUUCUGGGCCACCUGGACCAGAUCCAGAACAUCGUGGAGCAGCACAAGGAUACCUGCUACAUCAUUCCGCUGUUCUGGCAGGGCUUUGUGGCCGGGAGCGAGGCGAUGACGGUUUUCCUGCAGAACGGCUAUAAUUUGUGGGGCCACAAGAUCAGCCAGACCGGCGUGGGCACGUACUGGAACGCGCGGCAGAUCAUGCUGGAGAUCUGGCGACGGAAGAACUACAACCACAAGAACGACAGCUGGCCGGACGUGCUGCGCGACUGGAAGACGAACGUGAUGUUGACGUGA